UAACCCCUUUAUUAGUUUCAACCUUGAAGCAAAAGAAACACCACAACAAAAAGUGAGAGAGGUACUGCAUACAUAAUUGAUUUUAUAGAAGAAAUUGUUGUGAAAAAAUGGCUACUGGAGGUUAUGGAGAUGCAAACCAGAGGAUAGACUACGUUUUCAAGGUGGUUCUGAUCGGUGAUUCAGCGGUGGGAAAAUCACAGAUAUUAGCUAGAUUUUCUAGGAACGAGUUCAGCUUGGACUCAAAGUCUACGAUCGGAGUUGAAUUUCAGACACGGACUUUGGUCAUCGAUCAUAAGACCGUUAAAGCUCAGAUCUGGGAUACCGCUGGUCAAGAACGAUAUAGAGCAGUUACAAGUGCAUACUACAGGGGUGCUGUAGGGGCAAUGUUAGUCUACGACAUCACAAAACGCCAGACCUUUGAUCACAUACCCCGCUGGCUAGAAGAACUUCGUAAUCAUGCUGACAAAAAUAUAGUCAUCAUUCUUAUAGGCAACAAGAGUGAUCUUGAGAACCAGCGUGAUGUACCAACAGAGGAUGCAAAAGAGUUUGCUGAGAAAGAAGGGUUAUUUUUCUUAGAGACCUCGGCAUUGGAAGCAACUAAUGUUGAAGCAUCCUUCAUGACAGUUUUGACAGAAAUCUACAACAUUGUCAACAAGAAAAACCUAGCUGCUGAUGAAAGCCAGGGAAAUGGGAACACGGCAUCUUUAUUGGGCCAGAAAAUUAUUAUUCCCGGUCCUGCACAAGAAAUUCCUGCUAAGAGAAAUAUGUGUUGCCAGUCCUGAUUUUUUUUUUUUAAAAAAAUUGUUUCAAUUUAGUAUAUUUCACGAUUCAAUGUCCCUACUACCAAAUUUUGAAAGGUUUGGCGAAUUUCCUUUUGUAAAUUUAAAAUUUAAUUUGUUUGGGUUGUGGAGUGAAGGACAACAAAUGGAGGUUAAUAUAUAGAUUGCCGAUAUAAUAUUUAACAAUUCAUGAAUUUCUUAA